AUGACAAAAGUCGUCGUUAGAGGCGGCAAAGAAGUGCUAGAACGUCAAUCAGACGACGAUUUCUCUUAUAUAAGUAUAGUCAAUGAAGUAGACAUUUUUCCCGACGAUUAUGGCCAAAAUGAGCAUUUCCAAAAGAAAGUUCUGACAUUGAAAUCCCACAACAACGUUGGCAUCGGGUUCGUGUUGAGAGUCGUUGCUGAAAAAAUGAAGGAAACGGCCAGUGCUGAGUUUGACUUGGUUUUUGAAAUAUGUGAUGAAAAUCGGUCCAUAAAAUUCCGAUCAGAAGACUUCAAGAUCCGGAACGACGCACUGCAUGUAUUGGCAACCAAAUUGAGAUCCCAAGUAGCUUUUGAGUGCCUUUCGGGUUGGAGAGACGAGUUUUACGCUGUGUACUGUAAGGACCGUAAACCUUACGUCUUGGUGGAAAGGGCCCUGUCAGGCCUUCUAGGCAUAGUAACAUAUGGAGUUCACGUUAACGGCUUUGUCCGAAACCCAACAACCGGCGAAAUCAAAAUCUGGGUGCCACGUAGGUCGGCCACAAAAGCUACAUGGCCUUCUCUGCUCGAUAACACUAUUGCUGGUGGGUUGGGCUAUCCAUAUGGGAUCUAUGAGACAGUAGUCAAAGAAAGCCAAGAGGAAGCCAGUUUGCCUAAAAACCUUAUAGAACCACACAUCCGAUCUGUGGGCGCGGUAUCCUACUUUUAUUUUCAAGGCAAUGCACUGAAUGGGGAGAAGCGAUUCGAUUCACUUGACUCUCUCAUUACAGGUGAAAUAGAAUAUCUUUAUGAUCUCGAGUUGCCGCCAGAUGUCACACCUCGUCCCAACGAUGAUGAGGUAGAGAGCUUUAAGCUUAUGUCCCUACAAGAGACCAUUGAUGCGCUUAAGAGUAAAGAAUUCAAGCCCAAUUGCGCCCUGGUUAUGCUUGAAUUUCUAAUCAGACACGGAUAUGUGAACUCUGAGAACGAACCAAACUACAUGGAAAUUAUUUCUCGCGUUCACCGUCGAUUACCUUUUCCUACACGUAAUUAG